GUAGGCAUGUGAAGUUUUUGUUCUUUUUUCUUGAAUUUCUACUCACGGCUCACUUUGGGUUGAAUUAGGCUAAAAUAAUCACAAAAAGGAGGACCAGCAUAGGAGGUGGACCAGCAUAGGGGGUGGACCAGCGAGUUGAUAAAGGGAAGCAAGGUUUAAUGGUAUGUGAGUGAGAGUUUAAGGGCGGAGAGAGAAGGUGAUAGUGAAUAGGGCUGCGCGCUCAAGCGGGAGUGCGCGCGGACAGCAAAUCGGUCGGAGACUGGAGUCGCAAGGAUGGAGAUACGACCAGAUAGGUUUAAAAUCGUCGCGGGCCAGACCCUCGGAAAAUUACAUAAAAUCCUAGAGAAGCGCCAGGAAAAUGGCGAGACCAUCGAGCUCACCGAUGAGGGCCAGGCAGUUAUUGUGGAGGAGAAGGAGAUGCCCGUGGUGGACUGCACCUGCUUCGGCCUGCCACGGCGCUACAUCAUCGCCAUCCUUUCCGGCCUGGGCUUCUGCAUCUCUUUCGGCAUCCGAUGCAACUUGGGCGUGGCCAUCGUCAGUAUGGUCAACAACCAAACCAUCUACAAGGGCGACAAACCAAUCCUCGUGAAAGCUCAGUUCAACUGGGAACCAGAAACGGUUGGAAUGAUCCAUGGGUCAUUUUUCUGGGGAUACAUAGUAACCCAAAUACCCGGGGGAUUCAUCUGUCAAAAAUUUGCAGCCAACAGAGUCUUUGGCUUUGCCAUAGUGGCCACCUCAUGCCUGAAUAUGUUGAUCCCUUCGGCAGCACGAACUCACAUUGCCUGUGUUAUCCUUGUCAGGAUAUGUCAAGGACUCGUGGAGGGUGUUUCAUACCCAGCGUGCCACGGCAUCUGGGCAAAGUGGGCCCCACCUCUUGAAAGAAGUCGAUUGGCCACGACAGCGUUUUGUGGGUCCUAUGCAGGAGCCGUGAUAGCCAUGCCACUGGCUGGAGUUCUAGUCCAGUAUUCAGGGUGGUCAUCUGUUUUCUAUGUUUAUGGCAGCUUUGGGAUCUUCUGGUAUCUCUUUUGGAUCCUGGUGUCGUACGAGAGCCCGGCAGCCCACCCCACCAUCACAGAACAGGAGCGGAAAUACAUUGAGGAGGCUAUCGGAAUGUCAGCCGCUAACUCUACACCUGUUACGAAAUGGAACACACCUUGGAGAGCCUUUUUCACUUCGAUGCCAGUCUACGCCAUCAUCGUGGCCAAUUUCUGUAGAAGCUGGACCUUCUACUUGCUCCUCAUCAGCCAACCUGCAUACUUUGAAGAAGUGUUUGGGUUUGAGAUUAGCAAGGUGGGCUUGGUGUCGGCUCUCCCCCAUCUAGUGAUGACCAUCAUCGUGCCGAUCGGUGGCCAGCUGGCUGACUACCUGCGCACAAACAAAAUCAUGAGCACCACCAACGUCCGGAAGAUGAUGAACUGCGGAGGUUUCGGAAUGGAAGCCACCCUGCUGCUAGUGGUCGGGUUUUCUCAUACGAAAGUUGUGGCUAUCACCUUUUUGGUUCUGGCUGUGGGCUUCAGUGGCUUCGCUAUUUCAGGCUUCAAUGUGAACCACCUGGACAUUGCUCCCCGCUAUGCCAGUAUCCUCAUGGGCAUCUCCAACGGGGUGGGCACUCUGUCUGGCAUGGUGUGCCCGCUCAUUGUUGGUGCCAUGACCAAACAUAAGUCGCGGGAAGAGUGGCAGUAUGUGUUUCUCAUUGCUGCUCUCGUUCAUUACGGUGGUGUUAUAUUCUAUGGACUUUUUGCCUCCGGAGAAAAGCAGUGGUGGGCAGAGCCCGAGCAACUUAGCAAUGAGAAGUGUGGAAUUCUGGAUGAGGAUGAGCUGGCCAAUGAGACAGAGGAGUUGUACCGUACUAGCGGAGAAGGAGGCUACGGAGCAACGAUCCAAGCUCAGGAUCCCAACGGAGGAGGAGGAGGAGGCGCAGGAACCUGGGUCUCGGACUGGGAUAAGACUGAGGAGUUAGUACAACCACCAGGAACCAAUAGCUACCUAUACGGAGGAGAGGAAGACAGGGAGCUAACAUAGAGGGACUUACAGGUAGGAGUUACAGAGUGAGGUAGCAGACAGAAAGAGUAGAUAGUUUCCUUUUGGCACAGGAACUUGAAAAGAGGUGGGGUGGGUGGCUGGGAUGAGGGUGAGGAGUGGAAGAAGGGGAGGACCAAAGUGUUAUUUACGGAGAACUGAAAAAGAUUGUACAACAGCGGAAAGAGGAUGAGCCAUGUACUAAGCGUCUGUACAGUGCUUUCGGAAAGUAUUCAGACCCCUAACUUUUUCCACAUUUUGUUAUGUUACAGCCUUAUUUUAAAAUGGAUUAAAUCGUUUUUCCCCCUCAUUAAUCUACACACAAUACACCAUAAUGACAAAGCAAAAACAAGUUUAGACAUUUUUGCAAAUGUAUUUCAAAUAAAAAACUGAUAUCACAUUUAUAUAAGUAUUCAGACCUGUCACGAUCGUCUUCUUUAGAGAGAGUGGACCAAGGCGCAGCGUGUGCAAAAUACAUCUUCUCUUUAUUUUGAAGAUGAACACAAAACGAAACACUUAUACAAACUAUACAAAAACAACAAACAACCGUGAAGCUACAAACGAAAGUGCACACACAAGCUACUUACGUUCAACAUAGACAAUUCCCCACAAACAGCUAAAGCCUAUGGUUGCCUUAAAUAUGGCUCCCAAUCAGAGACAACAAUAACCAGCUGUCUUUAAUUGAGACCCAAUUCAGGCAACCAUAGACUUUCCUAGAUACCUACACUCAACCAUAGACACAGCUAGACUUCUAUACUAAACAUAAACCCAACUACUCUAAUAAACCCCCUAAACUUUACAACCACCCUAGACACUACAAAAAACACUUACAUUCCCCAUGUCACACCCUGACCUAACUAAAAUAAUUAAGAAAACAAAGAAUACUAAGGCCAGGGCGUGACAUAACCCCCCCUUAAGGUGCGAACUCCGGGCACACCAGCACACAGUCUAGGGGAGGGUCUGGGUGGGCGUCCGUCCACGGCGGCGGCUCCGGCACUGGUCGUGGUCCCCAACCCACCAUAGUCACUACCCGCUUUCGUAUCCUCCUCCAAAUGACCACCCUCCAAAUUAACCCCAUCGGACUAAGGGGCAGCACCGGACUAAGGGGCAGCACCGGACUAAGGGGCAGCACCGGACUAAAGGGCAGCACCGGACUAAAGGGCAGCACCG